GUUUCCGAAACGUAAGCAGCCUGCUCCUCCCACUCGAAAUGCACAAGUAAAGAGAAGUGAGUACUGCUGAACAUGGAACAUUUUCCCCAAAAUACAAAUCUUGCCAUUUUCACAUGUUUUCAUUUUUUCAGUAUUUUUUUUAUUUCUCCAGAGCCAGUAGUUAUUUUGUAUAUCUUAACAUUAAGAAUAGUAGAUUAGUUAACAUAAAAAGUUGGCUAAUCCAGUGUUCAGUUGAAUGACCAUUUCCACGAUUGUGUGUUAUUCAUUUAACAUUUAAUAAAAAAUGUAUUAGGUCUAACAUUACCAGUGUUACGGCAACCCUGGUAUGAUCAGUUCUUCUGUCAUUCUGUAGAUGGCACUGUUUCACCAUCAAAUGACGCAACUUGUAGACCCCCGGGAGGGAGGGCGGGAGGGUGAGAGAGAGAGGUCGCUGCUGCAGUCACGCUCUCUCUCUUUCCCCAUGCACUUGCCGGAGAUGCUGAUGUGCAUCCUCCCCUAUGCCUUGGUGGAGAGCGCGGAGCGAGACGAAGGCGUGCACAUCGAGUGCCGGAGUACCUCCGAGGAUCUCUCCAGUUGAGACGCAGCAGGAUGCUUUUUAUGCUGUCUUGACACGCAAACUCGGAAGAACUAUGCACUCGCUGAGAAGGUGUAAGGAGGAGCCCGGCGUCUGCAUGUAGCCUUUUUUUUCAGGUUCAACUUACAGAGCAUCCUCAGCUGUUGCUUUGGGGAAAGUGUAGCUUCCUGAUAUCGUAAGCUCGCGCUUUUGCGGUUACCGGCUGUGUCCCAGACUCGCCUUGGUUUGGAUGCGGACAGAUGUUAAUAGGAGCCCUGUUCAUAUUUUUCAAGUAGUUUAUUGUAUUGUAGCUCAUCUGUGCCCAUGGAGAAAGCUACCCAGCCCCCGCUGCAGCUGUCAAUAUCCAAGGGGACGGAAAGUCCGGCGGAGGAUAUUUCAAAUCUGUCGGACGAGGAGCUUUUAAAGUGGACCAAGGAGGAGUUGGUGCGGUGGCUCCGCAGGUCUGAAGCCGACAAGAUGAGUGUCAUUAUGGACCACGCCAAUCUGAUCCGCGAGGUCAACCGCAGCCUUCAAUUGCAUCUGAACGAGAUUCGGGGGUUGAAGGACGUGAACCAGAAACUGCAGGAGGACAACCGCGAGCUGCGUGACCUCUGCUGUUUCCUAGACGACGACCGUCAGAAGAGCAAGCGGGUGUCGCGCGAGUGGCAGCGCCUGGGCCGCUACAGCGCCAGCAUCAUGCGCAAGGAGGUGACGCUCUACCUGCAGAAGCUGAAGGAGCUGGAGCAGCGGCAGGAGGAGGUGAUCAAGGAGAACCUGGAGCUCAAGGAGCUGUGCCUGCUGCUCGAGGAGGAGCGCACUGGGGAGAGAGGCAGUGGGGGGAGCGGAGUGGGUGGAGGAGGAGGAGGAGGAGGCGUUGGGAGCGGAGGGCCCCACGUGGGAAGCGCUGGACCGGGCUGCCGGAGCUCGAUUGACAGCCAGAGCAGCCUGCUGAUGGUGCCUGGCAUGGGGCUUCUAAUGAGGGAUGUGGGGGAUGGGAGCAGCACCUCCAGCGCUGGUAGCGCCGAUAGCUCCGACCACCAUCUCCACCUCCAUAAGCAGACUCUACUGGCCGGAGGAGGGGGAGCAGGAGGAGGUGGUGGUGGUGGGAUGCUGGGGAGUAGCAGCAGCCCAGAGUACCUUCACAAGCCCAGGACCACAGUGGCAGGCGGGGGUUCGGGAAGCGUAGGGGGCGGAGGUGGGGAGGUGCCCAGUCCUGAGCACUUUCCCACCCGCCAUCGGAGCACCAGCCUGGAUUACCCGUUCACCCUCCCCCAGUCCUGCCGCCCGCGCUGCGGCUCCAUCUCCGUGCCCGACCACCGCAUGAUGCGGGGGCUCAGCCCAGAGAAGUACGGCCGCUCGGGUGGAGCCGGGGUGGGCCAGAGGAGCCCCGAGCAGCACCCCAAGCACGGCACCGACUCCCCGACGCUCCAGAAGCACCACCACCUACUCCACCACCUGGGCUCCAGCCCCAGCAGCCCCAUGGGCAGCCUGGACUUCUUCCAGAGGCACCGGGGCAGCGUGGGUAGCAUGGGCAGCGGCUGCGGGAGCCCCGAGCCCAAGCAGGGCUCGCUGCUCGGCACCCCAGAGCACCACGACAAGUGCAUGCUGGGCCGUAGCAUGGGCAGCCCGGAGACGCUGAGGCACCAGUACGGCGUGAGUCCGGAGCACGGCGUGAAGUUCGGCAGCCCCGGCCGAGACGCGGUGCAGAGGAGGCCGGCUGGGGACGAGGUCUCGCCCCACCACAGGAGCAUCUACAACGGAAUGAACGGUGGGUCCUCCUCAUCCUCCUCUUCAUCACCAUCACACCGGAGGCCUUCUUUAAUCUGACACACAGGCAGGUACUGUAGCAGAGCGAGAAGAACCUAGCUAGUUUGUGGCAGGGGUGCCCAGCUCCUUUUCUGGACAUCUGUAUUGACAUCCCCCCCCUCCAGCCUCAUAGUGAUCUUUAAUGCACCUGGCUGUAGUGUUGAAAUGGGCUUGAAGGGCUCAAUCAGCUGAGUCAGGUUCAUUACUAAAUGUAAUGGCUGAACCAGACUCAGCAAAAACGAUAGAUCUCCAGGUAGAGGAUUGGGCACCCUUGGCUGAGGGUAUAACACAGUACAUAUUCAUGCAUGGUGUUGGUAAGCACAUAAUAUUUCUUUUGCAGUGAAAGUACAGGUGGCUAUCAUCAGGAUUAUUGGGUUGUGACUUGAUAAGAUCUCAUUUCUUUGAUAUAUUGAAAUUCUGUGAUAUAUUGCUCAGUCAUAUUUAGCUUACUGGGAGAGCAUUUGAUUUUGUGUCCUGGCUAUCAAUGGGUUCAAUCUAUGUGCGUUUAAACCACCCUUAAUUCAACUGUAUUGGUAU